UUAAAGAGUUUGUUGUUUAAUCAUUGGUUUAAUUAUAUAAUUAAUAGUAUAUGUGGAUAUUGUAAAAAUCACUAUUGCAGUGGAAAAUAUUGUAAAUAAGCUUUAGAAAAGCAGUAGGCAGUAAAAGUGAAAAUUUAAUUGUGCAACAAAAAUGGCAGGCGUUUUAUUUGUUAUUUGCAUUCCACGUGAAAAAUAUGAGAAAUGUUUAUCCAACAAGCAGCAAUCGAGUGAAGAAGAUGGGUUUUGUGAAGCAAAUGCUAAUUUGUAUGACAGUUUAUCCAGUUGUUCCAUUCAGGAAUCCAGUCUGAAUUCCGACUCAUGUUUUGCGAAAGUAGAAAAGCAAUACAGACAAGCUGAGAAGCUAGGCAAUGAAUCUAAAAAUGAUAUUCGUAUUCAACAGGAAUUACAAGGAUCUAUGGAUAGUGAUGUGUUUAUGCGAAAAGUUAAACAUGAAACUAAAGCAAGUGAGAGUGAGGAAGCUUGUAAAAAGUUUUACAAUGUAGUGAAUCGUGUCGACAGUCUUAAAGAUAAGACAAUGGAAUUUGUUAUGCGAGAAAUAAUUGACAGAAUGAAGAUCCGAAAUGUAUCCUGGCAAAAAAUCAAUAAUUCAAAUUCAUAUAAAAUUAUAUUUUCUCUUGAAAAAGGUGUUCGAUGUGAUGAGACGAUUCAUUUAUUAAGUGAUCAUGGCAUAGGUCAUAAAAAGGGCUCAUCAUGUGUCAUUAUUCCUUGCUCUGUUUAUAAGGAUAAAAGCCAUUUAAGGAAAUCAGACGACGAUUCAUCAGAUAAUAUCAUUCGUGAAACAUCUUGGAUUCAGCACAUUGGAAAUGUUAGGGCUCGCUUAAAUGUCGAAAAGCUCGUUCAUGCUGUAAAAUCGGAUGCUACAAUGUCGUUUGAUUUCAUCAUUCUAUUGAUUGCUGCCAGUAUUAUUGCUAGCUUCGGUUUAGUUGAAAACAGCACGUUAAUCCUGACUGCCAGUAUGCUUAUUUCUCCUCUGAUGGGACCGAUUUUGGCCUCGACAUUUGGAGCAAUAAUUAAAGAUCAUACGCUUCAAUUUUUGGGUCUUCGAAAUGAAAUCAUUGGUAUAAUCCUGUGCAUAGUUGUUGGAUAUUUUUUUGGAAUUGUUGUCUGCAUUACAGACUAUAUUUUCAAUAUUCAAAUUAAAUUAACUGGUGAAAUGCUUUCGAGAUGUACAUGGCGUUCCGUUUUGGUAGGCAUUUUCAUUGCACUUCCAUCUGGUGCUGCUCAAUCAAUUGCAUUAUUAAGAGAAAAUUUCGGCUCUCUUGCUGGAGUGGCUAUUUCAGCUUCUUUGUUGCCGCCAGCUGUCAAUACUGGUUUAUUAUGGUCGUUUUCUAGUGUCAACCAAGUUUUUCAAUUCCUUGAUAUAACAGCUUUUGGCUCAUACACAAUCGAAGAAACUAAAUAUAGUCAAAAUCCUGCAGUCGAACUUUUGAUUUUGGGAGCUUUAAGUUUAUUUUUAACAAUUACAAACGUAAUUUGUGUAUACUUUAUGGGAUAUAUUUUUCUUCGAAUUAAAAUCGAAGUUGCUCCUUUAUCAACGGAAGAGGAAAGACAAUUUUGGAGACACGAUAUUCCUAUUGCUCGCGAUUAUAAUAAAACAAUAAAUGCUGAAGAUGGAAGGAGAGUAAGACAACAGUUGGAUGAUUAUCUCAAUAGCGAAACUAGAAAUUUUCGAGGGGUUGCAGCUGAAUUGUUGAGACAUGACUUGUAUCAAAAUACUCACACAUGGGCACCGUUAAUCCAAAAAUUCAACAGUAAAAUAGAUCAGCCAAGACAAAGUGUCAUUGAUUUAGAUUCCUAUUAUAAAAGUAUGACAAAUUCCAGUGACCAUAAAACAAAGCAUUCGGAACCAAUCGAAACACCAAAAACUUCAACACAUUACAAUCCCGGAUCUUCAUCACAGCCAGUAAAUCGUCAAACAAUUUUCGUAGACAUCGAAAGCACCUCUAAUGACGAUGCAAUAAGUUACGGAAAAUUUGUAGUCACUCCAGCAAAAGAUGAUUUAUCUCACUGAAAGUUGUAAAAAUUUAUAUAUUCUUCUAAAGUGACUUUGUAAUUAAACGAAUCCAAUAAAUGUAUAGGUUCUGAAUCUUUACAAUAAAGUCUAGUAAAAAUAAAAAU